AUGGCCAACGACGAGUACGAUUUUCUUUUCAAGGUUGUGCUGAUUGGAGACUCUGGCGUCGGAAAGUCCAACCUGCUCAGUCGUUUCACCCGGAAUGAGUUCAACAUAGACUCGAAGUCCACCAUCGGCGUCGAGUUUGCCACCCGCUCCAUCCAGGUCGACUCCAAGACCAUCAAGGCACAGAUCUGGGACACCGCCGGCCAAGAACGCUACCGCGCCAUCACGUCUGCGUACUACCGAGGCGCCGUCGGCGCCCUGCUCGUCUACGAUAUUAGCAAGCACCAGACAUACGAGAACGUCACGCGGUGGCUCAAGGAGCUGCGGGACCACGCCGACGCGAACAUUGUCAUCAUGCUGGUGGGUAACAAGAGCGAUUUGCGGCAUCUACGGGCUGUGCCGACAGAGGAGGCCAAGGCGUUCGCGAGCGAGAACCACCUGUCUUUCAUCGAGACGUCUGCUCUCGAUGCCAGCAACGUUGAGCUUGCAUUCCAGAACAUCUUGACCGAGAUCUACCGAAUCGUAUCAAGCAAGGCACUUGACAGCGGCGACGGUGCUCAGGCCACCAUUGGGGCAGGAACCAACAUUUCUCUGAGCAAGCCAGCCGACGACGGCUCAAAGCAGGCCGGCAAGUGCUGUUAA